AUGAGCUUCGCCGCCCGCUCCGCUUUCCGCCAGUUGACUCGCGUCGCUGCCCCCGCUGCCCGCUCCUUCUCCGUCAUGGCUCGCCCUGCCGCCAUCUCCCACAUCUCCCGCGCUGCUGCCUGCAAGACCCGUGGCAUCAAGACCAUGGACUUUGGUGGCACGAAGGAGGUCGUCUAUGAGCGCAGCGACUACCCCCCUGCCAAGCUCCAUGAGAUGUUCAAGGAUGACACCCUCACCGUUCUCGGUUACGGCCCCAUGGGUCGUGGUCAGGCUCUCAACCUUCGCGACAACAAACUGAACGUCAUCAUCGGAUCCCGCAAGGGUGCCUCCUGGGACAAGGCCGUCUCCGAGGGCUGGGUUCCCGGAAAGAACCUCUUCGAGAUCAACGAGGCCUGCGACCGCGGAACCGUCAUCAUGAACUUGCUUUCCGAUGCUGCUCAGUCCAAGCUCUGGAACGAGAUCAAGCCCUACCUCACCAAGGGCAAGACCCUCUACUUCUCUCACGGAUUCUCCGUCAUCUACGCCGAGGACACUGGCGUCGUUCCCCCCAAGGACAUUGAUGUCAUCCUCGUCGCCCCCAAGGGAUCCGGUACCACCGUCCGCAACCUCUUCCUCGAGGGACGUGGCAUCAACGGAUCCGUCGCCGUCUACCAGGAUGUCUCUGGCAAGGCCAAGGACCGCGCUAUCGCCCUCGGUGUCGGUGUCGGAACCGGUUACUUGUACGAGACCACCUUCAAGCAGGAGGUCUACUCUGAUCUCUAUGGUGAGCGUGGUGUCUUGAUGGGCGCCAUCCAGGGUCUCUUCGUUGCCCAGUACGAUGUCCUCCGUGCUCGUGGCCACACCCCCUCUGAGGCCUUCAACGAGACCGUUGAGGAGGCUACGCAGUCGCUCUACCCCUUGAUCGGUGCCAACGGCAUGGACUGGAUGUACGCCAACUGCUCGACCACUGCUCAGCGCGGUGCUCUCGACUGGUGGAAGAGGUUCCAUGAUGUCUCCAAGCCCAUCUUCGAGGAGCUGUACGAGUCCGUCGCCAACGGAACCGAGACCAGGAGGUCCUUGGCCAAGAACUCUACACCCAACUACCGUGCUGAGCUCGAGCAGGAGUUGGCCGAGAUUGCCAGCCACGAGAUGUGGCGUGCCGGCAAGGCCGUCCGCCAGUUGAGACCCGAGAACCAGUAA